AUGGGACGCUCUUGCUGCGGAGGCACGCCUUCUCAGGCAGAUGCGAAUGAUGAAGCUGAGGUAAAGAAACCAGAUACUUCUUCUGUGGAUUGUUAUGGCGGUGCAUCAUCUGCACCAUCGGAGACGUCCAGUCAAGAGAACUAUCGUGGGGACGGCGCUUUCCAAAGCAACAAAAAAACAAAUCACAAUAAUAACAAUACAGCUUGUUUUACCAAAACUGCAGACGCCUGUUGCAAUGAACCUACCUAUCCUUGCAAGGGCAAGGCUCCACCCGGGACUUGCGAGGGAGGCUGCUGCGAUGACCAGUCUGCCGAGGCUGUUGGUAAAAAGAAUGUCACUUCUUUUGGUGCUUCUACUUUCAAAGCUUGUUGUGCAGGAAAUCCUACCGUCAAAUCUGGGAUGUUAAGUCACAGUGUUUCUUCGGGCUACACUCGCACACACGCCGCCUCCGGUACCCCAUGGUCGAGCGAACCUGCUACUUCCGUUGAACCAAUUGUGGCAGAGUGCUGCGAGGGCAAGUCUUCGCCUUGCUGUAAUGAGGCCUGUCUCGACCGUCUGGCUUUACGUGAGUGUGAUACGGUAUCAAACACCCCUUGCAUGGGAACAGCUGGACGCUCUUUUACCUCGACAUCCACACGGGAGGAGGAUUCAACGCCCAGGCGCAGAGCUUGUGAUCAUCAUCAUCGCUCGGUUAGAGAGCAAUAUGCUGCUAGCCUUACAGCACUGGGAUGUAUCUGCCGCGCCCUUCUUGCCCUUGGCAAAGAAUCAUGCUGCGAGCCUCAAAAGCGCUCUUCGCUGGAUAAGGGGCAGCGCUCUAAAUGGCCACUGAAAGAGUCUCUCUCGCGCGUUUCGGUUGAAUCUCGCUGCCAAAGCGGCACGUCUACAAGUCAAUCGCCGCUUCGAAGUACCGAGCAGGAGCGACAGAAUCAAAUAGCACGUAGUAUUGAAAAGCGUGCCAGCCAACGUUGCUCUGCCAACUCUUGCUGCAAACCCAAUAUUACCACAUCCAGCGACAACUGCACGGAUCCCCGUGUCUCUGAAGCAGACGAAAAGAAUAUCAAGUCAGCGGAUGGUUCCUGUCCGGGUAUUUGCUGCACCUCCAAAAAGCCAUGCUUCCCCAAAGACAAGAAGAGUGAUGCUGUUAGCAUUGCUCGUGAUCUAGAGGGCCAGGGUAUAGGCGUCGAGCAUGUGGUUCUCUCUAUAUCUGGUAUGACUUGCACUGGCUGCGAGACAAAACUCAACAGAACCCUCGCGACAGUGGCAGGUGUUGAGAACUUGAGGACAAGCCUGGUUCUUUCUCGAGCUGAAUUCGACUUGGACCUCAACCACUCAACUGUGGACUUUAUUAUGAAGCACUUGGAGCGGACUACAGAGUUCAAAUGUGAGAUCAUCACCAGUAAUGGGUCAUCUAUGGAUAUAAUUGUUUCUGGGGAUCCAUUUUUUAUCAUCAACCAGGCUUGGCCAGAAGGCGUGAGUGACAUAUCGCUCGUCGAGAAUUGUACUGUUCGCGUUUCUUUUGAUCCAGAAGUGAUUGGAGCACGAGAUCUCAUGGAAAAACACUGGGGUGAGAUUGCGAAGCUUGCGCCCAUCUGUGGUGACCCAGUACUCGCGGCUGGAAGCAAACAUGUCCGACAUUCUGGGUUCAUGACUCUUUUUUCUGCAGCCCUCACGAUCCCAGUCUUAGUCAUGUCAUGGGCCCCCAUACCCGAGAGAGAAACCGCCUAUAGUUCUGCCUCACUGGCUUUGGCUACUAUUAUUCAGAUUGUGGUAGCAGGACCUUUUUACCCUAAAGCCUUGAAGGCUCUUGUCUUCUCGCGAGUCAUUGAGAUGGAUCUUCUCAUCGUGUUGAGUACCAGCGCCGCAUACAUUUUCUCUGUGGUCUCUUUCGGCUUUCUUGUUUCUGGUAAACCUCUUUCCACUGGCCAGUUCUUUGAGACAAGCACACUCCUGGUUACAUUGAUCAUGUUCGGACGAUAUGUUGCAACCCUUGCCCGUCAAAAAGCGGUCGAUUCAAUUUCCAUUCGAUCACUUCAGGCCCAAACUGCCCUUAUUUUGGACGAAUCAAACUCUUCAGUGGCUCGGGAAAUCGACGUCAGGUUACUGCAAUACGGAGACACGUUCAAGGUCCUCCCAGAUAUGAGAAUCCCGACUGAUGGAACUGUUUCAUCUGGCUCAUCUAAAGUGAACGAGUCGAUGCUCACUGGAGAGUCCCGACAUGUCGAAAAGAAUCCCAAGUCGCGUGUCAUUGCAGGGACAAUCAACGGCUCGGGAAGUCUGUGUGUCAGGUUAACUCGCCUCCCCGGUGACAACGCCAUUAACACUAUCGCCGCCAUGGUCGAUGAAGCCAAACUUUCUAAGCCAAAGAUCCAAGAACUUGCCGACAAUGUGGCUUCCUAUUUUGUUCCAGUCAUUGUGGGCUUGACUAUCGUCACGUUUGUUAUUUGGGUGGCUGUUGGCAUAGCAAUGCAAGGCAAAACUGCAUCCGAAGCCACCGUCCAGGCUGUCACCUACGCCAUCACGGUGCUUAUAGUCUCCUGCCCUUGUGCCAUUGGUCUUGCCGUACCGAUGGUGGUUGUAAUUUGCAGCAGUAUCGCAGCAGAGCGAGGCGUGAUAUUCAAGUCUGCACAUUCAAUCGAAGUCGCCCAUAGGGCCUCUCACGUGGUCCUUGACAAGACAGGAACGCUGACCCAGGGAAGGCUCGGCGUAGCCGUUGAGCAUUACCUUGGAAAUGGGGAAUCGUGCUUGUCGCUUCUUUUGGGCCUGGUCGGCGACAGCAAGCACCCGGUUUCAGUGGCUGUUGGUAAUCAUCUUAGACAAAAGGGGAUUGCUGCAACAGCUGUUCCCAACGUUAAAAGCUUGACCGGUCAAGGCGUGGAAGCGAAGCUAGCUAGUCAAAUGCUACAGGCCGGGAAUUCACGCUGGCUAGAGCUUUCUACACACCCCCUGGUGCAGCCGGUGCUUACGCAAGGCUAUACCGCGUUUUGCUUCACCAUCGACGGUGCGCUACUUGCUGUCUUCGGUCUCGAAGACUCUCUCCGAGCUGAUGCAACCCACGUGGUCAAUACUUUGCAGAGACGCGGCUUGUCGGUUCAUGUGGUAUCGGGCGAUGACGAAGGCGCCGUGCAAAACGUGGCCACAAAGUUAGGAAUCCCUGAUGGCAACGUCCAUGCUCGUAGCUCUCCGGCGGACAAGCAGGUCUACAUACAAAACCUCCUGAGCAUUUGUUCUGAUGGCAAGGUGCCGAUUGUCAUCUUUUGCGGAGAUGGCACCAAUGACGCCGUGGCGCUCGCGCAAGCAACUAUCGGCGUUCACAUGAACGAAGGCAGCGAUGUUGCCCAGUCUGCAGCCGAUGUCGUGCUUAUGCGCCCAGAUCUGUCUGGUCUUCUCACCAUGAUGGAUGCUAGCAAGGUCUCUGUGAGACGCAUCAAAUUCAACUUCGCUUGGAGUUUUGUCUACAAUACAUUCGCCGUGCUCCUUGCGGCUGGGGCCUUCGUGAACGCCAGAAUUCCGCCCGAGUUUGCGGGGUUAGGGGAGCUAAUUAGCGUAUUGCCCGUCAUAAUCGCUGCUGUGCUCUUGCGAUGGUCUAAGAUCUAG